GUAGCGGGGCGGGGGGCGGAGGGAGAAGGGGGGCGAUGCCCCGUGCCGAGCCCAGCCCGCCGCUGUGCUGAGCCGGCGGGGCUGGCCGGAGGCUGGAGAGCGGGACAUGGUGCUGGAGCCCCCCGUGACGCUCCCCGGGUGGCCAAGGGGCGGCUGGUGAGGAGCUGGAGAGCGGCGGAGCGAGGCCACGGUGAGGGAGCCCCGAGGAUCCGGCUGGGGAGCCAUGGGGAGAUGCAACGGGCGAUGCACGCUGGUGGGAUUCUGCUGCCUGCAGCUGGUCGCGGCGCUGGAGAGGCAGAUCUUUGAUUUCCUGGGAUACCAGUGGGCCCCCAUCCUGGCGAAUUUCUUACACAUCAUGGCCGUGAUUUUGGGUAUUUUUGGGACGAUCCAGUACAGAUCCAGAUACCUCAUGAUGUACGCGGUGUGGUUGGUGCUGUGGGUCGGCUGGAACGCCUUCAUCAUCUGCUUCUACCUGGAGGUCGGGCGUUUGUCACAGGACCGAGACUUCAUCAUGACCUUCAAUACCUCACUGCACCGCUCGUGGUGGAUGGAGAACGGCCCGGGCUGCCUGGUGACACCGGUGCUCAACUCCAACCUGGCUCCCGAGGACCACCACGUCAUCACGGUCAGCGGCUGCCUGCUCGACUACCAGUACAUCGAGGUGGUGAGCAGCGCCACGCAGAUCUUCCUGGCGCUCUUCGGCUUCGUCUACGCCUGCUACGUCAGCAAAGUGUUCCUGGAGGAGGAGGACAGCUUUGAUUUCAUCGGCGGCUUUGACUCCUACGGGUACCAGGCACCUCAGAAGACGUCGCACCUGCAGCUACAGCCGCUCUACACCUCGGGAUAACCGGGACCCCGCGGCGCCAGGACCCCGGCGGAGCCACCACCCCCGGCUGCCACCACCCCGGGCCGGGGGGGCACCAGGGCGAGCGCCCCGUCCCCUCCUGCAGCCCCGAACAUCCCCAAGUGACGCCGGGAGCCGCUCAGCCACCCCCACGGAGCCUCCGAGCCCAAAGCACGCGGGACGCGGGGGCUGCGCCACCCCCUGGGGUCCGCCUUGGGGACAUGGGGACACGCGGGGAGCUGGCAGCGCUCACAGGACACCGCCUGCUUCUGAUUCUGCCGGCCUGGCUUUUCCUUGGAGCAGCGGGGAGCCCGGAGCGGGACGGGUCUGGGACAGGGGACAGCCUUGGGGACAGCGCCAGCCUCCGUGGGGUUGGGACAAUCCCCCGGAGCUCUGGACCUGGGGUCACACUGGCUCCAAGCACGGGGAUUUUGCUCCCUGCAGGAAUUUUCCAGCCCCCCACUCCUGGAUGAAGCAGCACUGAAGGGGCUCAGUGUGGGGUGCCCCGAGGAGCUGGAUCUGCCCGUCAGCAUCACCCUGACCCCCAAAUUUGGGGACAUGGGGGGACACACAGGAGCCCGAAAUCCCCCUGCACCCCCUCCCUCCCACAUUUUGGGGGCUUUGCUCCGACCUGGGAACAGCGACUGCUGCAGCACAGCCCCUUCCCGGCUGUUCGAACGGAUCUGAUGAAUGUUUUGGGUUGCUUUGGGAUUUCUUUUCCAAUCAUUUCUUUGGGUUUUGAUUUAAUUUAAAGUGCCUGAGUAGACUCUGGCUGAGCCGGGCCCCCCCCAAGGCUGACACCGUGCCUUCAGCACCGCUGGGACCCCCCCAGGGCCCCCCAAAACCUCGCCCAGGGCUGGGGGGUUCCUCCCCAUGUCCCUUCAUCCGUGGGGGGCUCGGUCCCAAAUCCAUCCAUCAGCUCCAGUGGCACAGGGACAUCGACGAGAGGGGAAGGAAUUUUUGGGGGGUGUGAGGUGGGGUGGGCAGGGAUUGCUCUGCAGAAGGAAGAUAAGCUGGGAAGGAAAAGCCUUGGAAGGAACCAGAAGGAAAAAGGGAAUAUCCCAGAUCCCCGCAACCUCCUCGGUCUCCUGUGCGGGACGCGGCUCCUCCAGGACCCCGGAUCUGGCCUGGAGCCCGCCCUGCCCCCCUGGGAGCUGGGAUUUCGAAUGGAUUUCACCUCCCAGCUGUUUCUCCUCCAGUGCCAGGGGAAUUUUUACACCCUGGAAUGGUUAUUUGGCCCUUCCCAGCAGGGAGCCGUGGAAGUGCCACCGCCCGGAGCUGGGAUGGGCUGAGCCCCCCCAGCCCCCCGACACCUCCAGCCAAACUGUGAACUCUACAGGCAAUAAUUUUUCCACCCUUUCCCCCUCUUUUUUCCAAGAAGAAUGGUGGUUUUUUUCAGGCAGUGAUCCCCCAGAACAUAUCCCCAUUCCCAAGCCCCGGGGCCAGCAGCAUCUUUAGGGUUUAUUUUCCUCUCCAGGACCAAGGAUGCUCUGCUGACCUGCUCUGGGAUGGGAUGGACACGCAGACACUCCCCUGCUCCCCACCCUUCGCAGACCCAGCAGGAAGCAGCAGGAAGAGCUCGCUGGCAUUAAAGCUCUUGGGAAGAGCCUCCCUCCCCUGCGCUCCACGGGAGCCGGGCACGGUGCUCCAGGACCUUGGGUGUUUCUGUUCCGUUGGCUUGGUUUUCUAUGAGCCCGUCUUUGUAACGUGAACCGAGGAUUUCUUUUCUAUUCUGUAAUUAUAAAAGUCAAAGGAAAGUUUCA